AUGGAAUACAUCUUACCAACAGUCCAGCACGCCGUCCAGCUCCUCCCUAUGGACCCAAGGAUUACGCCACCCCCGGAUCAAAAGAAUGUCGUAUAUUCCACGAUAUUCGGUGCUCCUCCCUCCGAGUCAUCUGAAGCUAUGUCCGAAGCUACACAAUCGUCGGAUGGCUCAACCCCAUCCGGCCCCUCGGGGAAGGGCCGGAAUGAACGGCGCUCAUCAGGUCCUGCCCGCGGCCGACAAGCCGAUACGACGCAGCAUCAUUCUUCCAGUGCCAGUCUUGUCUUCUCCCCCCGUCCUGAUGAGACCAUGUACGCGGAACGGGCGUACCUCACCAGCUCUCUUCAAUUACAGACAUCCAGGUCAGCAGACCUCAUUAGAAAAUACUCCCUGGCGGAGGCUCGGCAUCAGCAUCUUGAGGCGGGCAAAGAGCGACGCAGGUUGCGAAAGCACCUCCGCUUCUUACGGUCAAAGAUGAUCGAAGCUGCCGAACAACAAAAGACCGUCUAUAGCCGACUUGGUGAGCUGCACGUGGAGAUCCAGAGCCGUGAAGCUUGGAUCUUGUCUGGUUACCAGGGAUCAAGCUUCAUGGACAUAACGAUACCAGAGUCGCCUUCAGUGUACAGUACAAUGUCGUCUUACGACUUGUCUACGCCCACAACGCCACUGGAUGCUACAUCACCAGCCUUUGUUCCACAAGGCUACUUUGGCGAUGAUGUUAUGCAUCCAUUAGACCCUCCACCGUGCCAGAAGGAGCCCAAGGCUGCUGGCAGGUCGUUGGAUACGGUGGUAGAAGAGAGCGAUGAAUUGCUGCCCAACCCCGAGUUGAGCGAUAUCAGCUACGAGUGUGGCGAUGGCGAGGUGGAUGUGGAAAUGAACGACGCAGAUUCCGAAUCGGCGUGGCUUGAUGACUGCUUCAAAGCUACCCGGUCCAGGCGGCUCAGUCUUCCGUACAUCCAGACUGCGUGGCCGGAGACAUGA